AUGGAGCACCCGAAUGAGCCGCUUGGUAAUGAUAAGAAUACUUCUCCCUCUCCGUCUCGGGAAACUGCGCAUAGCGAUGCUCGGUCUGGGAAUUUGAAGUUAAAAGAGGAGCACUUUGAGGGAUUCACAAGCCGGCACAUCAUGAACCGUCUGCCCCACAUGUCACAUUUGCAUCGGCCUACGAAAGAAGAACUGCUAGCUGCAGCCAAUGGCUUUUGGUCUCGUUUGAAAGUACGAUUCAAGUGGUUCUCUAUCCGUAGCGUUCGUCCCUUCAAUUUUGACGAGAUUACUGCACUCUUUUCAUGGGUCCUGCUGGGUCAUGUUGUAUGGAUCGUCCUAGGGACCACCACGUUCGUUUCGCUGCUGAUAAUCGCGAUAAAUACGGUGUUGGCACAAGAAACACUGGCAGGGUGGGUGGGCAAUUACCUCACCAAAUCAUCGGGAGUGAAGGUUGUCUUUGAAUCCGCCAUUGUUCCUAAAUGGAGGGACGGCGUCAUAACGUUCAAAAACGUGUUCGUCUCAAGACGACCGGGACAGGGAACAGGACACGUCAGUAAGGGUUCGUCGAAGACUGCAGCUGCCGUGGCUGCCGCUGCCGCCCUGAGCGGAAUCUCUAGCCCUGAGCCAUUUGCGGAUCAGCAAUCGAUACCCGAUGAGGAGGAUACGAAUUACACGCAGUUUGACGUGUCCAUUGAAACAGUUAACGUUACAUUGUCUUUCACAAAAUGGAUCAAUGGAAAAGGGCUUCUGCGUGAUGUCGAGGUCAAGGGAAUUCGAGGAGUUGUCGACCGAAGAUCUGUUCAUUGGUCGGACGACCAUUUGGAUCCAAAAUCUUAUCGGCACGAACAUAACCCUGGAGACUUUGAGAUUGGCUCGUUCAAGAUGAGCGAUGUCCUUGUUACGGUCUACCAGCCGGGUAACUUCAGGCCUUUCUCUGUGAGUAUAUUCUCAUGCGAUCUUCCACAACUGAGAAAGCAAUGGCUUCUCUAUGACUUCAUGUCGGCGAACAUGAUGACAGGGUCUUUCGACAAUUCCUUGUUCACUAUCCACCCGCGGCAAAGUCACAGCUUUGCGGGCGCCGAGAUGGAUAAUAACGUUGAGGCGGAUGGCAAACCCAGCCCAUGGAAAAAGCACAGCAGGAUACGCAUCGAUGGGCUAAACAUCGAUCAUCUCAAUCGGGGGGUACAAGGUCCCUUUUCCUGGAUACAUGAGGGAAGCGUUGAUAUCGUUGCCGACAUAAUGUUUCCGGCUGAAAAUGAUGAAAGUCUGGCGCAAGUAAUGGCCGGCCUUUACGAUCGGUUAGAAGCAACCGUCACAUCCAACCAAUAUCAUGAGUCAGACUCACGCCGUGAAUCUGGAAUGGACGAUACUGCUUCGAGCGACGACAGACGCUUUUUAGUCACUGAUCUGCGGCUUCAGUUGAACAAUGUUAGGGCAGUGGUGCCUUUGUUUACCCGAGAUCUUUCGUACAUAAACAAUGCGCUGAUACGCCCCAUUGUGGCCUACAUCAAUUCGAGGCGAACUUUCAUUCCCAUUCAUUGCCGUCUUGUCAAACGACUUGCGGACUUUGACGGUAGUUGGACGACCUUUGACAGCGGGCUCAUGGAUGACCUUUCGGCCGCGGUAUAUGAUGCGUUUGCGCGGGAUGUGGUUGAUGAUCAAGCGCGCAAACGGCGUUUCAAGAAGGUUGGCUUCUGGUCUCUUCAGCUGGCCGCUCAGGCAAUAUUCAUGGGAAUGGCUGGAAACAUAGCAUGA